AGCCGGUGGCCUCUGCGACGCGGGCAGCAGACGAAUAAUAACCGGCGCGGUGGACGCCAGGGAAACCCCAAUCCCUGCUUCUGUACGUCUCUUCUCCGUGCUGAUCUCCCAACGCUCGCGAUCCAUCAGAAUCAAUUUAUUCGAUCGGAACAAUCGAGGUUGGAUUUGGAUUAGGAUUGGCUUUAGCCCCAAAUUGGUUGGCUUCUGUGGAUUAUUUGGGGGGAAAACAGAGAUUUUUUAUCAGAUUUGCUGAAUCCAAUUUGCCACUAUGGUCGAUACCAUUGGCGCAAGCACGUCCCUCGUCGGUCACCACCUGCUCUACCAAAGGCCCUGUUGUAAAGAUGACAACUUUAAGCGACGAACUGGCUCCUGCCGGCUGCUCGUCACGGAGUUUAUGGGGCAGCGGUUGCCGAUCGGCCCUUCCACUUCCGUUGUGACCCCCAGGCAGAGAUACAAUGGUUUCGUGGAUUCGACUGUCAAGUCGAUGGCGAUGGAGCUGACAAAGGAAAAGAACCCCUCGAAAGAGGACUGGCGGAGGAUCGCUCGUGAUCUCGGUUACACGAGCGAUACAGCAGGCGUGAGUCCUGGUAGAUUGUGGCCUCCUGCGAACAAGGCCGACGAUCCCAUGAUUCACAACCCACUGCUCCGUCAAGAAAGAAUGGGUUGCGGGUGGUUUGCCGUGAUCUUUGAAAUGGAAGGGGUGAUCGUUGAAGAUGACUCCGAGUUGCAAAGGCAGGCCUGGCUGGUGUUAUCUCGAGAAGAGGGACGUUCGCCACCGUUUGCCUUCGUUCUGAAGAGAAUCGAGGGAAUGAAGAAUGAGCAAGCAAUCUCCGAGGUGCUCUGCUGGUCGCGAGACCCGACGGAGCUCAGACGAUUGGCCUCUCGGAAGGAGGAAAUAUAUCGGAGCCUAAAAAAUGGUGGGUACUAUCAGCUUCGAUCUGGAUCUCAGGAGCUUAUGACCACUCUUGCAAACCACAAGAUUCCACUUGCUGUGGCAUCCACGCGACCGCGGAAGGUCCUCCAAGAGGCAGUCGAGGGUGUUGGCGUCCAGAGCUUCUUGGAUGUGAUAGUGGCAGCAGAAGAUGUGUUCAGAGGAAAACCUGAUCCAGAGAUGUUUCUGUAUGCUGCACAGCUCCUCAAUUUCAUACCGCAGCGGUGCAUCGUGUUCGGGAAUUCGAAUUCGACGGUGGAGGCAGCACAUGAUGCCCGAAUGAAGUGCGUGGCGGUGGCAAGCAAACACCCGGUAUAUGAACUCCGUGCAGCUGACCUCGUGGUGAGGCAGCUGGAUGAGCUAUCGGUGGUCGACUUGAAGAACCUCGCCGAUAUUGAUUCUCCCGAGUUUGAAUCAGGAGAACCAGAGGUGGAAAUGGAAGAGGAGGAGGAUGACCCAUCUCCGUCGUGCUCAGUGGGUGUUGAUGAUCUGUUCUGGUAAGAUGUAUUCCGACGCACAGCUUAUUGUUUUCCCAUCCCUGCAGUCAAUAUAUAAUUCAUGAUUUAAGCAGGAAAUUUGGGUUCUUAGCUCUUAGCUUUGUAAAUAGUUAUCACAUUGAAUUCUGCAUCCUUCAGACAUUGUACAAACUAAAGCAAAUAAGGAGGAUGAAUCAGUUGCUGCGUGGUCUUCAUCGGGCUCAUCAUGUGCUGAAAUAUAUAGCAUAACUCGCAACACUUAGUUUCUUUCGAAACGAUGUAUCCAUUUGUUUCGAGAGCAUGUUGGAUGCUAAAUCUUUAGAUGACAUUAUCGAGAACAGAUGUGCACCCUUUGAUAGCAUAGCUAAUGUUGAUACCAUAGUUGUCGAUUCUGUCUAUGUUUGACACAACAAGUAGUUGUUGGAUGAGGAACCAUAGUUGCUGCAAGCAACAAGUAUUUGUCCUUUAAAUUUGUAACUAACUGAUCAAGGAAGAUUAUAUAUAUAUAUAUAUAUAUAUUCUCUCUCUCA